AUGUCCAGGGAAUCCUCAGUAUCAGAUGGAGAAGUAGCCAAAGAACAAGUCAUUUUAAAGAAGCACAACAAGCAUGGCCAGGGGAGGAAAAAACGAGCUCAAACUGAUGAUGCAGCAAAGAUUCCAGCACCCAUGUCUGGGUUUGAAAAUGAGGUGGAUCGGGACAGUGAUGACGAGAUUGCACCUGGGGCCAAUGAAGAUCCAGAAGAGUUUGCCCAUGGAGAUGCAUGUGCUGCCGAAGCCAUUAAGUUAUCUCGGAAAGCAUGGGGGCUGCAAGACCUCGAAACUGUGUUUACUGAGGUCAUCCAGGAUGGGCAAGAGAGCUAUCAGGUAUGUUGA